AAAUGACAACGACUACAACAACAAGAAAAUUAUAAGAGUGAUAACAUACAAAUAAGCAAAUAAUUGAAUAUGUAUUAUCCCUGGGGUAAGCAAAAAGUUUUAGUUCUUAGAGCUCGAGGUAGGAGUCAAAUGGGAAUCCAAUUUGUGCCUCGCUUUACCUCAUUCUGGAUAUCUACAUGAUCAGAACAUCAACCAAUCAAAACCUCUGACCACUCCCCGGACCCCGUGCACUGCCUGUCUCAAAGUUACCAUUCAGUUUCCUCUUUCAUUCUGCUCCGUUUCUUAACGACUGAGAAAAAAUGGAACUAACAUCCGUGACUCCUACCUUCAAAAUCUCUUUGCUAAAUCCAGGAAGACAAGCAAGAUUCCAUGUCUCUUACUUAAUCACACCACUUUCCUGUUUAUCAUCUCCAGACCAAAUGACACCAACCAAAACCCUCUUCAGUUCUCUCAAAAAGAGCAACAUUCUAUACGGGAAUAAUGCUAACACCAUAAAAAAUAUACCUAGACCAACCAUGUCUGAAAUAUUGGCAGCAUCGAAGGUCCAGAACCUUGACCUUAAGCUACAAACUGUAGGACCCUUUUUUAGAACCACAGCCAAGAGUCCUGAAACUCAAAAUGAGCUUGGGAGAGCUGAAGGGCUUAUAAGGUUAUGGUUAAAAGGCAAGAUUCUUCAUUUAGAUUCACUAAGAUUGAAAAGAGAGACGCUUGGCAUGGAAAAAUCCAUCUUUGGCACUGGUUUGUUCAUUGGAGCUGUUGCUAUUCGGUAUGGUUAUGACUGUGGUUGUAAGACUGCUGAGUUGCUUGCUAUUAAUGACUCUGAUCUUUACCAUUCCAAGCUUCUCAGGUUCUAUACAAGAAUUGGGUUCAAGACUAUAUAUGAAGCAACAGGUUCAACUGUAGGAGACCUUCCUCACAUGUUGGCCUGUGGUGGCAUAGGAACCAGAAUGGAUGCUGAUGUUGAAGAUCUUCUAAUAAAUUGGUGUGCCAGGUUUAAGAGUCGAGAAUGAAUGUUGUGAUCCAUUGCUCAUGCAGUUUAUCCUGCAAUCAUGUGGUUCAAAGGCUGGAAUUCUGAACUGAAAUGAAUUAUGUUUGGUUCAAGGCAUUGGCCUAAAUUAUUGCCCUGACCUAAUAGCUUGGAGAAAUAGAAUGAUUUUCCCAGAACAUGCUCAUACUUUUCGGUUGUUACCAAGAUGCAAAUAAAUUUUAUUGCAGGUUUGAUGGGGCCAAAAGGAAGGAAAAGGUAAUUGCUCUUUUUAUAUGGUGGCAUAUUUCACUGGGAAGAACUCGAAGUAUAAGUGAAUGCUACUUAAACUUGCAAGUCAUUACAUUUCCCUCAUAACAAUGAUGCUAAAGCACAGAGCUUACAUGAAGAAACAUCAUUGAUUACAUAUUUAUCUUCAGUUUUCUGAUACUGGUUAAAUACUGUGUUCAAGAUUUUGUACGUGUUCAGGCAGUAGAAGCAGUUUUUGCAUUGAUUUUUUUUUUCUGGGAAUAAUUUGCCAGCAACUGCUUUCAUGAUUUUGCAACCUAGUUCAUAUUUGAGCAGGUAGAAUUAAGUUUCCACUAAAAAUGUAUUGCAACUACUAUUCGUUUUGCAAAUGAUAGGCUCUUGUAUUGCAGUAUGGCUUGAGUGAAAGCUGUUUCAACAUCUAGAACGUUCCAUAUCAUUUUUUUUGUCUCAUUAAAAUGAAAAAAUACAAUAGAAAUGGUUACCUGCCAUAUUCUAGGAAUAACUAAUCACCAAAGUUUCUACAUGACAAUAAACGAUAGAAAAUUUGCAAACUUGCGUGUGGGUUUGUGUGUUAUUGAAGUGAUCAAACUAAUUGAUCAUGAUGGAUUGCAUAAUCUAUGAUCAGAAGAGUGAAUUGCAUCCAAAGAUAAAAAUGUAGGAUCUGUCAGACAACAUGACAAUCUAAGAAACAACAAAAACAUGAUGGCUUGAAAAAGUGUACUUGCGCACUUUUAUGGUGCGCACUAAACUGUUGAUACGAUUAAAGCAGUGAAUCUUUGUUUGCCUUUCUUGCAGAGCAUCAAAAGAAGGAAAUGAGGAAUCAGAAUUGCAUCAGCUGAACCACAUAACUGAAAAAUGAAGAAACUUUCCGAACGCGAGAGAGAGACCAAAUCCAAUUGCAGGAAUAGUGCCAAGGGCUCUGGUGUCAAAUUCACUAGAAACUGUUAUCUUUGACUUGGAUUUGAUUUUAUGCUGCCGGAGAGUGACCAGCAUUCACGACUGUCAUACCUUGCCUUAAUUGUUAUUGGAUCGUUAAUAAUCCAUGAUCGUCCAACUAUCAGACCAUUCUACUUUGUUGAAAACACCCGAUGGAUCGUUGCUGCUGCUGCUGCAUCUUUCCGCUCAUGAUCAAAAUAAUGGACCCACGAUGCCCUUAGCAAGCCAGCCUUGUAUCUCCUGAAAAUUUUAGGCACAGAGAGUUGUCUUAAUGUCUCCUUCCCUUUUGGGGCAGUUGUGGAUAUUGACAGCAGCCACAAGCAUUAAUCAUGCUGUCUAUUGGAAGUUCUUUGUCUUGGAAUAUGUUGAGAGUUUAACUAGGAAUUUUCGUUCAAAGUGUUCACUAAUGCAGGGAAAUAACUAAGUAAUUGAUGCAUCACAAUUCGGCUUUGUGAUGCAAAAGCCUGCGUCAUACAUGCUAAAUUGUCUAGAAGUAGUAUGGUACUUUGUUCCAUUCCAAAUGCAACAUGUGGAGUUCCAACAGUUGUGGAAAACUCAGUUUCAGUUGCUGCAUCGUUGAUCGAAGGAACAGAUGUGGCUAAAGUUGCAUUUUCGUGGAAGGAUCGAAGAUGAUACUGGAAUGGAAACAAGGAUGGCUUGUUACUGCAUAUGCAAUGUAUCAGAAGCAAAGGUGAUUAAAUCUCACCAAAAAUGCAUCUGAAGAAAAUGAAAUUAGCAAAACAGAAAGCCUUAGUUCAGCUAUAAAAGAAAAAAAGUAUAAAACAAAAACUAAAAAAAUGCAUUUAAGUUGUAUUUCAUGCCUAUUCUAAUUGUAGAUCUUGCAGAUUGUUCUGCAUUUGGGGAUACAUUAGCUACAUCCAAAAUUUUAUCCUCAAAUGCAAGAACUUGAUAUUAGAUCAUACAUGAUUUCACUGGAGAUUCAUUGGAUAUGUAUGGAUGCUGUUAUCUUCUUACA